AACCUAGCAACCUGGGAAGAUCUAAUCAUGGACCUUGUGCUGGACGUUGCUGAUUAUUACGUCCUCACCCCGUACGUGUACCCUGCCUCGUGGCCCGAGGACGGGGCCCUGCGGCAGAUCCUCAGCCUGUUGGUGCUGACAAACCUCGGGGCUGCGGUCCUGUACCUGGGCCUGGGAGCUAUCAGCUACUAUUUCAUCUUUGACCAUGAACUAAUGAAACAUCCACACUUCUUGGAGAAUCAAGUACGGAGAGAGAUUAAAUAUGCGAUGACCUCUCUGCCCUGGAUCAGUGUUCCCACAGUGGCCUUGUUCUUCGCUGAAGUUCGAGGAUACAGCAAGUUGUACGACAGCGUCGGUGACUCCCCGCUGGGCUGGGCGGGGAUUUUCCUGAGUAUGAUCUCCUUCCUGUUUUUCACUGACAUGUGCAUCUACUGGGUUCACCGCUUCCUGCACCACAAGCUUAUUUACAAGGUGUUUCACAAGCCCCACCAUGUAUGGAAGAUCGCCACUCCCUUCGCCAGCCAUGCCUUUCACCCAGUCGACGGCUUCCUGCAGGGCCUCCCGUACCACAUCUACCCCUUCCUCUUCCCCCUCCACAAGGCGCUCUACUUGGCUCUUUACGUUUUCGUCAACAUCUGGACCAUCUCCAUCCACGACGGCGACUACCGUGUUCCCAGCGCCCUGACGAGUGUCAUCAACGGUGCGGCUCACCACACAGAUCACCACCUCUUCUUUGACUUCAACUACGGACAGUACUUCACUCUGUGGGACCGGCUGGGGGGUUCCUACAGGCACCCGUCAGCUCUGAUGGGGAAAGGCCCCCUCGAUCUGAUCCGGAAACUUCAAGCGGAAGGAAAGUUGGUUAACGACAAGUCAAACGGACACGCUCAGAGAGGAGCCACUUCUAAGGAGGAGUAAGGAUGUUAGGAUUAAUUACAGGAGGUGAUCGCUACUUUCAUAGAGACAAAAACUGUCCCAAAUUAGCCCCGAUUUGCCAAAUAUGAGAUUUUAAUUUCAUGACAUGUUUUCCAUUCGUCCACCUUGUGGCAAAAAAGCAUCCGGGUCACUGAUACAGAGACUCGAGGAGCUACAGAAAAAUGGAGCUGCUGCACGACUGAAUAAAGACGAGUUUAAAAACGGGACUAAAUCUUUAGCAGCCAUGCCAAGUUUGCACUUACUCUCCGUUACAGAGAGGAAAAAGAAAUGAACGCCCUAACCCUUAAAAUAAACUUCUGCUCAGCAGAAAGACUUUCAGGUAAAGACAUAUCACAGGUUUAGUUACAAUAAAGCAGAUGGAAGGCUCUUAUCAAACUCUUAAAUACGUUAUUUUAUGAAUGUAUUUUUUCCAUUUUAACCUGCACAGCUUUAAAACUUCACAGAGACUCACGUUUGUUAAGGUCACAAAGUAACAAAAAUAAAACUCGUUCAACCAUAAAUGGUUAACUUUUGUAAAAAAAUUAAUAAAUAAAAUGCCUGUUUUUUUGGGGUUUUUUUUGUUAUUUUGUAUCCAUGCCAUUAUAGUUCCAUUAGUAUAGAUCUGUUAUUGGGGACUGCCAAGGCAGCACCCAUUAUUAUCCACCUGACAAGGGUUUCUUAACUUUAUACCUUACUCUUCCGUCAACUUUAAUGCG